GUAAAUCACCAAAAAAUGACUUUAGCUGGGUUUUCACAGCCAGGGCCACAUGUUGUCAGUUAAAACGUACACGAUGCCAUUGUUUUAUAAUAUGUGUGGUAGAAAUAAUAAAAAAUAUGCAAUGAUAAUACAGGAACCAAACUCGCCCUCUGGAUAAAUGAGCGCCAUUAUACUCCUCGCCAAUAGACAGCGCUGUUUCACUUUGUAGUCCUGUUGCAAAAACUCAAAGGUCAUGAGGAAGUUAAUCGUAACAUUUGAACAGACCUGUGUUGUAGGAAAAAUGUCAGAAGAUUAAGUGCCUUAUAUAUAUAUAUAUAGAUAUAAUGUGAAACCAGCUGAAACUCCCUACACCUCUGAUACACUAUGGGGAUCUUUCAGAGGUUUGCAAGACUUCCUCUGAAGUCCACAUAUAUUUGGUCCCUGUGCCCACAGUACAGCACUGAUCUCACUACAGUAGACAGUGCUCUGAUAGUGCGCUCCAGCCAGCUGAUUCAGCAUCGCUGUGUGCACAGCAGAGUGAUGGGAGCCAGUCCAGGCAACACGGGUGCUGCCCCACCACGGUUACCCUUCUCCAGGGUCACACAGGAAGACCUUGCCUUCUUUAGAGCGCUGCUGCCUGGAAGAACCAUCACUGAUCCAGACCUGCUGAAGUCCAGCAAUGUAGACUGGCUUAAGACAGUGGAAGGUAAUAGUGAAGUACUUCUGAGACCCAAAACAACAGAAGAGGUCUCUCAGAUUCUUAGGCACUGUAAUGAGCGGAAUCUGGCAGUGUGUCCGCAGGGAGGAAACACAGGUCUGGUGGGAGGAAGCGUCCCUGUUUUUGAUGAGAUCAUCCUUUCCACUUCUUUAAUGAGCCAAGUCAUCACAUUCGACAACAUCUCAGGUAUCCUCACUUGUCAGGCAGGCUGUGUGUUGGAGAACCUGUCUAACUAUUUAGAGGAAAGAGGCUUCAUCAUGCCGCUGGAUCUAGGGGCGAAGGGAAGCUGCCAUAUCGGAGGGAAUGUGUCCACUAAUGCAGGUGGUCUCAGACUGCUGCGCUACGGGUCGCUUCGAGGGACAGUUCUGGGCCUGGAAGUGGUUUUGGCAGAUGGGCGGAUUUUGAACUGCUUGGCCACACUUCGCAAGGACAACACUGGUUAUGACCUCAAGCAGCUUUUCAUUGGCUCAGAAGGGACAUUAGGAGUCAUUACUGCAGUUUCCAUCCUGUGCCCCCACAAGCCUAAAGCUGUCAAUGUAGCUUUUUUAGGGUGCUCCAGCUUCCAGCAACUGCUGGAAACAUUUCAGCGUUGUAGAGGGAUGCUGGGAGAAAUCCUGUCUGCUUUUGAGUUUUUAGAUGCCUCCUGUAUGAGCCUUCUGGAGAAGCAUCUGAAACUCACCAACCCCAUCACAGAAAGUCCCUUUUACAUUGUCAUCGAGACCGCUGGAUCCAACGCAACCCAUGAUGAAGAAAAACUACACAAAUUCCUUGAGGAAGUCAUGACAUCAUCUCUAGUAACUGAUGGGACAGUUGCAACAGAGGCGACAAAAAUCAAGGCAUUGUGGUCUUUGAGGGAGAGAGUCACAGAAGCUCUGACACAUGAAGGCUACACCUACAAAUAUGACAUUUCCCUCCCAGUGGAAAAGAUCUACGAUUUAGUCCAAGACAUGAGGGGGCACCUUGGAGACAUGGCCAAGAAUGUUGUGGGCUAUGGACAUGUAGGUGAUGGAAAUCUUCAUCUGAACAUCACUUCGCCCUCUAAAGACCCCGCUCUACUGGCUGCCAUUGAGCCGUAUGUGUACGAGUGGACAUCCGAAUGGAAAGGCAGCAUCAGCGCAGAGCAUGGGCUCGGUCUGAAGAAGAGAAACUACAUUUACUACAGUAAACCCUCAGAGGCUGUCGCCCUCAUGGGCAGCAUUAAAGCCAUGCUGGAUCCUAAGGGCAUUCUCAACCCUUACAAAACACUGCCAGACAAUAUACAUUAAUAGUUUCUUGGUUACUUUAGAUGAAAAAUAAGGCUGUUUUUAUUUUGCCACAGUGUUAUUGUAAUACUGUCAUUGUAUUGAAUUGGACUGUAUUAGAUCAAACAGAUAAUACAAUAUGCAUAUUUUAUAUGUAAUCUCAAUUACAUCCUAUGCAUAUCUAUAGCUAACAACAUCAAACUCUCCCAACAAUAAAAUUCAGGAAAUAUGCAAAAUGAGGAGGUAAGUAGCUUAUGCCACUGUUGUUUUGACUUGUUGAAAUCAGUUGUUUUAAAAUAAUGUUACAAAAGUUAGGCAACGCUGACAUUAGCCAUAACUAUAUCUAUUCAUAAGAUAAGGUGUAACGAUUGAAACUAUUACUUGGAAAGGCUAUUUAUAGGCAAAUAGACCAAAGUACGAGCUGGUUUAGAGGUUGGUGUUGUUACCAACAUAAACUGUUUAGUGAGUCUAGUCAGUGCACAGCUAAUGUACUGCGAUGCUGUGCAAACUAUAUUGAUUCACGUUUUAUUGCGGGUAAUAACGCUUUCCCCUUUCCUUGCUAACUCUUUUCUUAGAGGUUACGAGCUACCUACACUACAUUAUAGUGAUGGGUGCUUUCGAAACACUGCUUCAUGAAGCUUGGAAACCUUUGCUAAUAAUUUGUGACCCU